CACUUCCCUUGGGUGUCGUGUAGUUUCUAGAGCGUCACUUGGCGGCGAUAGCGGUGGGAGAGAAGGGGAUAUGGACGGAGAAAAGCUUCUUCUGUUGGAGAACGCGGCCAAAGACGUCAUGUCUCCGCCGUAUGCAGUGUCGGUGGAGAAGAGGAGAGAGGCCGAGGCCAUCUUCAUGGACCUCAAACAGACGCAGAGACCCUACGAUGCAUGCAAGUUCAUUCUCGAGAACAGUAGUUCAGACUACGUGCUGUUCCAGGCUGGGUCCACGGUUAGAGAUGCAGUCGUCAGAGAAUGGGAGGUCCUGUCGGGAGGGGAGAGGGUGGGGCUCAGGGGAUACCUUCUCCAUUACAUCACCUCCAGACCAGACCUAGUGUCUUAUGUGAGAGAGCAGCUGGUGCAGACGGUGGCUCUGAUGGUGAAGAGGGCAACACUCGAGGAAGAUCGCAGAGCUCUGUUUGACUCCGUCUUCACGACCGUCACCCAGCUACUCAUGACCGACAACUCCAAGAUGAGGCAGUUGAGUUGUUCUCUGCUGUCGGCUCUACUGACCGAGUUCUCCAACUCGUCCGGAUCCAGUAACAUUGGUAUGCCCAUCGAGUUCCACGUCAAAUGCAAGAUCUCCAUUCAGGAUGAAGAGCUACUUCGUAUCCUGGUGUUCACGGUCCAGUUUCUCCGUCAGUACGUCUCCAUUGAUCUCUCUUCCCUCCCUCCCUCCCACCUCUCCCUCCUCUCCAACUUCCUCCAUCUCCUCUCAAAGAUCCUCACCUGGGACUUCCAGAUUGCGAAAUUCUCACCCGUCCCGCUCAAUAUCUCCGACGUUGCCACGGUGACCCUGCGACCGCCGCGGUCGUACGCCGCGACCUUUCUCGACCCUUCGUUUCUGGAACUCUUGUUCUCGCUGCUGGGGAAGAUGUGGUGCAACGAGGACCUGUUACAUCAUCUUACACAAGGUCUGACUCAGUUGGCGUCGCUCACGAAGCCAGUGUUGGCGUCUGUUGAAGAACAGCAGAGGUAUCUUAGCAGUUUCCUAUCCGGUCUUCUUGGCUACAUAUCUGUCAGACCUGACCUGACAAGACAAGAGGUGUACGGACUGUCGUGCAUUCUUCGUCGCCUGGCGACAAAUUUCAGCCCCUCCCUCUUCUCCUCCCUCCCUCCCCCACAGCUCUCCCUCCUCGUCUCCUCCCUCACCCAACUCACCUGUCUCACCGCUCACAAGUCUGCCACGGAGGAAGAGGGGAGCGAGGAGUCUCUAAUGUAUGUGGAGUCACUGGACCACUAUAUGGAGGUGUUUGUCAGUCUCCUUACGGAGCCACACCCCCUCCCUCCCUCCCUCCUCGCCCAACCCUGCAUACAAGUCUUCACCUCUUACCUCAAGAGCAAACUGGUCGCCCCUCGCGGCUGGCAGAGCCCCCAUCGCGAAGAGGAGGAGAUUUUUGAACUCGAGGAAGACGACCGGGAGGCGUUUUCGGACCAGCUUCGUAGCAUUGGUUGCAUCGCUCGCUCAAUCCCCCACCGCUCCCUCCCUCUCCUGGUCCAGACUAUCCACCAGUGUACCGAGAGCUGCAUGGAGAAGUUGGAGGUCAUCCGCCGUGACUCUCUCACGCUCUACUCGAAGCAGAACGAUCUCGACAGUACUUACGAGGACCUCCAUUGGCUGGUUCUCAUUUCCAGCUUCACGCUAUGCGAUAUCACCAGAGGUUAGGACACCUUCUUUCACUUCACUUGGAAGGGCAGUGUUUGUGAAAACUACGAGGUAGAAAGGCAAAGGCAAAGGCACAACACAAAUCAACUGUAUAUCUGUUAUGACCCCACAUUGUAGGAUUCAUGCACGAGCACUUGAAACCAAAGACACAAGGAGCUGGGGUCAGAGUCCGUUGCCACGGAGGACGUAUCGCAGCUGGUCUGGCGGGAGGGCGGCGGGGGGCAGGUGGACCUGGGCUCCUCCAAUCUCGACCCAAUCGUCUCCCUCUUCUUGUCUCUCUGUCGCCUGUGUAUGGUGGAGAAGACAUUCAUCAGUGGAGGGUUGAUUGACAUUCUUAGUCCGCAGCUCAGCUCAACUCUUGUCUGGUGUCUGAGUCAUGUGACUCAUCCCUACGUCCACCUCACCGAGGACAGCUACGAUCAGGUCAGUCUUCCCCUGCUGUCGGUGUUUGGGAAGGAUGCUCCUUCGAGUCAGUGGCUGUGCGUGUUUUUACUGGACAAGGUGACCUUUAACCUCUCUGUCUGUUUGCUGGCCCUUCUUCACCAGAGGUUCUCUACUCUGGUUCUGACCAAAUCUGAGACCAGGAGAGAGCCACGCCCAGCGACAUCAGGAACUCUGUGGUCUCUGGAGGCCCGUGCGGACUGGCACUCAACACCGACCUGCCUCAUACAGGAGUUCUUUGACUACCUGCUACCUCUACUGCAAGCCUCAGUCCAGUUGCUGGAGCUGUACACAGACACGCCAGAGGUCGUGGGGGUCAUUCUCGAGCUCUUUGCUCUGUCAACUGAGAACUACAUCGUCUUUCUCAGCCAGGAUCAUACUGUGGAGCUGUACAAGGUGUGUCUGGAUCUCAUUCACUCGUACGCCCGUUCCAAUACCGGCAAGUACAGGAGAACCGGUCUGGGUCCGGACGAGGAGGAAUCCUGCGAGGACCUCCUGCAAUUUCCUCAAAAUGAUACACACUCACACCGUCAAAGACUACAUCGACUUUGGUAGCCCUCACGGUCAGCUCUCUCUCUCUCUCUCUUUCUCACCGCACCCAACACU